UGUCAGCCAUUACCCUCUUCCCUUCCAACCACUCCCAAUUUGGUACGCACCACCCCCACCUCAUUCUCUCUCUCUCUCCCCUCUCCCUCUCCCUCUCAACCACCACCUCCAUCGCUCUCUCUCUGCCUCAAACUCUAAACAGGGGCAAUCGCAAGAUGCAGGGGGCGAGUUCGUGCGUUCUUGUUGGUGCUCUGUUUCUGUUCGGCCUCUUCCCUCGCGGGUUGACCCUCCAGCUUGGGAAUACGUGUUCGUCGGACAGCGUGUGCGACGCCGGCCUGAAGUGCGAGACUUGCCCCGCGAACGGCAACACCCGACCCAGAUGCACCCGGAUUCAACCCGUCAGCCCCACCUCCAAAGUGAAUGGCUUGCCGUUCAACAAGUACUCGUGGCUGACGACUCACAAUUCGUUCGCUCUUUCCGGCGCCACGUCGGCCACCGGCUCCGCUCUCGUCACUGAGUUCAAUCAAGAAGACUCCGUCACCAGUCAACUCAAUAAUGGAGUUCGAGGGCUGAUGCUUGACAUGUACGACUUCGAAAAUGACAUAUGGUUGUGCCACUCUUUCGGGGGGAAGUGCUACAAUUUCACCGCCUUUCAACCGGCCAUCAAUGUUCUUAAAGAGAUACAGACGUUCCUGGAAGCAAAUCCAAAUGAGAUAGUCACCAUUUUUAUUGAGGAUUAUGUGACUUCCACUCAAGGAUUGACGAAGGUCUUCAAUGAAUCUGGCCUCAGCAAGUACAUGUUCCCCGCAUCUAGCAUGCCCAAAACUGGCGGAGAUUGGCCUACAGUGGAUGACAUGGUCAAGCAGAAUCAGCGCUUAGUUGUUUUCACUUCUAAGUCGUCGAAAGAGGCUACAGAAGGAAUUGCCUAUGAGUGGACAUAUGUCGUGGAAAAUCAAUAUGGAGAUGGGGGAAUGGUGGCUGGUAAGUGCCCGAAUCGCGCUGAAUCUUCACCGAUGAGCACCACAUCGAUAUCUCUGGUUCUGGAGAACUAUUUCCCUGAUAAUCCAAACGCAUCAGCAGCCUGUAUGGAUAAUUCAGCUAACUUGAUUAGUAUGACGAAUACUUGCUAUGAAGCGGCCGGUAAAAGGUGGCCAAACUUCAUCGCUGUCGACUUUUAUCAGAGAAGUGAUGGAGGUGGAGCUCCAGCAGCUGUAGAUGAAGCAAACGGCCAUUUGACUUGUGGGUGUGAUAGUAUUUCAUAUUGCAAGGCAAAUGCAACCUCCGGAACAUGUGAUGUCCCUCAACUAGCGCCACCUCCGCCAGCCGCGGUAACCACGACGAGCCCUGGAGGAUCCUCCCCGAACUCCAAUUCUGCUCAUUCUGAUGCAAGGCCGGAUCGGUUGCAGUGGCUGUUUGGGUUGUUCUCCGCCACUGCGUUCCUUUCCUUAUUAUGAAAAGCUCCUGUCGCUGUUACCAUGUUGUGCAUUUGCCUCAUUAUUUAAUUUUUAAACCCGGAGGAUGAGAGAUAUAUCGUCGCCCUUCAGCUUCUCCACAUUGUAUCUAUGAAUAAAUUCUGUCCAGGGCGACAUUGAUGACUUUGUCUUCGGCCUUUUUCAUUCUAAAUAAGACAUCCUUCCAUCUUUGUGGGAUCCUA